AUGUCUUCCUCCAACACCGAGAUCCAGGCAGUCGUCGCCAAAGCCUUCACGUUUUGGUUUGACCGCGAGUUUCGCUUUAACAUCGCGGACGACGAGCUCGCGGUGCAGACGGCGCGCGGGGAGACGCUCCUCACCGUGCUGCGCCCUGUGGAGGACACGAGGGGAAACUGCGGGGAGGAGGGGGUGCUCACCGUAACAAACCUGCGAUGCAUCUGGCAGAGCAAGCUGAACCCGCGCAAGAGCCUCAGCAUCGGCUACUACGGUAUCCAGAACGUGGAGGUGAAGGAGGUGAUCACGCGUCCGCGCGCCACCACAGAGGCAUUGUACAUCAACACGCGCUUUAGAGUGAAUCGAUACGAGUUUGUCUUCACGUUUAUGGGGCAGACGCCGCAUCAGUUUUUUAUUGUGCCAGUCGUCUGGCGGGCAUACGACUCGAGUCGUUCGUACCGGGAGUUGCGCAUGCGCAGCUCGCUUGUACGGGGCGGCGACAUUGUCGUUCUGCCCGGCGAGCGACUCUUCACGCGACUCGAGGGGGUGACGAACGUGAGUGAAGACAGAGGCGUCGUCGGGGUUUUCGUCACGACGAAUGUGCGCUUCGUCUGGUUUGCCCAGCACUCUCAGAACAUCAACAUCUCGAUUCCGUUGCUGCAGCUGACCUUGCUGCGUCUGCGGCCGACGAAGUACGGCGCUGUUCUCCUGCUGGAGACGUCAACGCACGCCGGAGGCUGCCUUCUUGGCUUUCGCGUGGAUCCUGUGGAGCGGCUGCGGGAGCUGUUUCAGGAAUGCGUGUCGCUCUGGAAGGCCUGGAACAUGCGCCCCGUGCUUGGUAUCGCUGUCACACUGCAGGAGCCCAACCCCGGCGCAGCGGAGGACGGCGGCCUGAACAAUGUGGGCAGUGGCACGGGUGCGUUGGACGGGGGGCUGGCGAAGCCCGUGCUGCCCCAGCCUCGCAAGCUCGACGGUGAAAAUGUAGUACAUCAAGUACAAAACGACGCCUUCGCGGCCUACUACGCGGAUAUGGGGCAGAAGGGGGCGGAUCGCCGCCCUGAGUACGAUCCCUCGAUUGGUCUUGCCGUGGAGCGGCUCCGCACGGGCGUGACGUUGCGGGAUUUAUGGACGGUGACGGUGUAG